AUGGCACGAACCAGAGGCACGAAGUCUUCUUCUCCGUCCGCCCGAAGGCCAGCGCCGCGCGAGGCACCUGUGCAAGCUUCAACCUCUGAGCCACCGCGGCCAGAAGGCAUUCCGCCUCCGGCAAAGCCCUCGCCAAAGAAGCGCCAGGCCAAGCCGGAAUUGCAAACGCCUCCAGCGAGGCGUUACCUUACCAGGUCAGGGGGUCGUCCCCUCCAAAAGCGGGCUAGAAUGGAAAGCUCGGAGCCCAUCGACUUGACAGGGCAAUCCCCUGUUUCGUCCCCUGUUACAUCCCCUGCCCCGUCUCCAAUUCCAUCUCCGGUGCCAUCUCCGGCACCGCCUACGAAGCUACAAACAAGCCAGCCGCCGCCUCUUGAGCCCCAAAUUCCAUCUGAAACAGCUCCUGAAGAGAUUCUCAGGCGUCCAAUUCUCGCUUGA